AUGUAGCUGUACAUGGAGCUCUUGCUGGGAAAAUCCGCUUGCUCCCCUCAAGGCGUCCAGCCUAGGAGAGCCGUCGCCGCCACCGGGGAGCUGCUUCAGCCACCGCGCAGAUCGGCCCGGGAGCCCAAGCCGCCGCCCCAGCGCGCCAAGGCGCUUCCAGGGCCCCACUUCCGCGCCCCCAGAGGAGAGGAUCUGAGAACAUGGAUGCACUGAGACCUCUCUGAAAACCCUCCGAGAGAGACUGAGAGGAGCGAGGACACGUUACUCGCAGCUAACACUCAUUCAAGGACCCAAACAACAACAGCUAAAAAAAAUUUUUCAUUAAAACAAUAAGCGCCCAAGAACCCAGAUCGGGCUGGUGGGGGAGGGGACGGGGCGGGAAGGGGAGGGUCGCACGGAGGUAGCUUUGCUGUGAGCAGCGGACCCCGCCGCCGCCCCGCAGAGCUGGGCCGCUCCUCCAGCCGCGGCUCGGACUCGCCCCCGGAUUCCAGGUUAGCCUCGGUGCCAGGAGCGCGGCCCGCGCGCAGAGGACCGGGGCUCCGUGCAGCAGCCUCGCGGCGGCUCGGACACCUUUGCAUGAGCACCAGAGGAUUCAGCCUCCGCGCAGCAGCAGCCCGGGAAACAGGAGCAGGCGCGCGGGCUGCAGAGCGAGGCGGGAACCGGCGGCGAAGGCGGCGGCAGGCAGGGGCGCACGGUGCCGGGACCAGCUCGCCGCGCCCCAUGGGGAGAGCGCCGAAGCAGGGCCCCGGGCGGAGGGCGCGGUGGGGCUGCGCGCACGCUGGGGCGCGUGGAGGGGCGCGGAGGGCGAAAUGAGUCUGGUAGGGGGCUUUCCCCACCACCCCGUGGUGCACCAUGAAGGCUAUCCGUUCGCCGCCGCCGCCGCUGCCGCCGCCGCUGCCGCCAGCCGUUGCAGCCACGAUGAGAACCCCUACUUCCACGGCUGGCUCAUCGGCCACCCCGAGAUGUCGCCCCCCGACUACAGCAUGGCCCUGUCCUACAGCCCCGAGUAUGCCAGCGGCGCCGCCGGCCUGGACCACUCCCAUUACGGGGGAGUGCCGCCCGGCGCCGGGCCCCCGGGCCUGGGGGGGCCGCGCCCGGUGAAGCGCCGAGGCACCGCCAACCGCAAGGAGCGGCGCAGGACUCAGAGCAUCAAUAGCGCCUUCGCCGAACUGCGCGAGUGCAUUCCCAACGUGCCCGCAGACACCAAACUCUCCAAAAUCAAGACGCUGCGCCUGGCCACCAGCUACAUCGCCUACCUCAUGGACCUGCUGGCCAAGGACGACCAGAACGGCGAGGCGGAGGCCUUCAAGGCGGAGAUCAAGAAAACAGACGUGAAAGAGGAAAAGCGGAAGAAGGAGCUGAAUGAAAUCUUGAAAAGCACAGUGAGCAGCAAUGACAAGAAAACCAAAGGCCGGACAGGCUGGCCACAGCACGUCUGGGCCCUGGAGCUCAAGCAGUGAAGAGGAGGAGGAGGAGGAGGAAAGAGCGAGUGGGCAGGGGCCAACGUGCCAGAUACAGACCCAGGACUCCCGGCAAGCCCUCAGCUCCGCUCUGAGGACUACUUCCCUUUGGAUCAUCCGGUUUAUUUAUGUGCAAUUUUCGUCCCCUUCUCUUUGCCCCCAUUUGAGGCAUCCAUUCCCCACCUCCCCUUCCAAAACAGUGGAUAUUUGAAGAAAAGCAUUCCAUAUUUUAAUAUGAAGAGGACACUCCCAUGUGGUAAGGGAUCCCUUCGACUGGUAGAGUCUGUGUGUGUGAAUGUUCCCUGUUGGCUGUGUAGACACCGCCGUUGUCCCUCCUCACCUAACCAGCCCCUCCCAGAUAAAGACAGCAGACACUAGUGCAUAUGUGAAGUGUAUCUUUAAUCCCUGGCCUUUGGAUAUAAAUAUUCCUGAUGAUUAUAAAAUUUUAUUUCAAAGCAGAAAACAGGGCCACUAACAUUUCCGUUGGGGUCGGUAACUAGUGCUGUCCUUUCAUAUGUGAUCAUUCCCUAUUCAAAGGUGUUUCCAACAGCUACUUGUUUUGUGCACUUCCGUCCUCUAAAACUAAGUGGAAUUUAAUUAAUAUUGAAGGUGUAAACAUUGUAAGUAUUCAAUAAACCACUGUGUGUUUUUUUUUACAAAAA